UUCAAAAUAAUCCAUAUAAAAUUUUCAUAUUGAUUUGGUAUGAGAUUCUGAUUCGCAUUUAAAUUAUUAAAUCUCCGUCAAAUAAUUAUAAUUAUGGCGGAGAAUAAAUCAAUAUUACACGAAUUAUAUGUGUUUUCAGAAUGGAAACCAGAACCAGAAUAUAUUCAAAAACCUGACAGUAUAUUACCAGAGAACAUAUCUGCAUUAUGGCGAUGGUUGAAGUUUUUUGGUCCAAAGAAGAGCCUGAUUGAUAGCAUAACAGUGCACAAGGAGAAACAACAGAAAUGGCAUUUUGCUCUAGGAGAUGAAGGAAAAGUUAUAGCUGUCCUAACUGAUAACAUACUGGAAAUCAGAACAAAGAGAUCAGAUUAUGCUACUAUAGCAGCUAGGACUACAGUGAGUCGUGAUGCAUAUCCCCAGUGGCGUAAAUUAGUGUGGAGCCCCGACUGCUCCUUCUUGGUUCUAGCCUAUGGCAAUGGAGUUGUUAGCUUCUUUGACCUUACAGCCUCUAAUCUCUUCAAUAUACCAAUCGACUGUUCGAGGCCAGGUGGAUUGGAGUGCACAGACAAUACACAUGCUGUUGCUGACAUAAUAUUCAUGCCACUUCGAGUCAAAGACAACAAGUGGAACUGGGAGGUGUUGGUGGUGACGUACGACGGCCGGUUGCGCGGGUACGUGGUGUCUCAGACGGAGGGAUGCAAACUCCACCACACGUUCCGGUUCGCGGGCGGCGUCAGCGCCGUGCUGUAUGCCGCGCCACACUCCACGCUCUACGUGGCCGGCCUGCCGCGAUCUGGUGCGAAGGAUCCAGCAUCACCUCUUACGGCCGGUAUAACUGCUUGGCGAAUAUUAAAUGACGAUCCGUUUUACAAGUUAUCUGUAGUAUCGGAUGAACUUGAAGCUCAACUGGCUAAUGAAAGAUUUCAGCUUUAUAUACCGUUUGUGUCUACGAAGAAUUUGGAGUUGGUGGUACAAAUGGCGUUGUCCUCGGAUGCGUCGAAGCUGGUGUGCGUGCAGUGGUCGGGCGCGGUGUCGGUGUGGCGCCUGCCGCUGCUGGUCCGGCUGCACCACCACCCGCUGGUGACGCAGCCGCACCACGCGCUGCCCAGCCCGCUGCCCGCCACCACCGCCACAGCUACCACGGUUGCCACCACCACCACCGCCGCACCCUCGCCCCCCGCCGACCUCAGCUGGUGGUCUGAUAAUGAAAUCAUAGUAUCCAGAUUCAGUGGUGCUGUGACCGUUUGUAACAUUGAAGAUAUGGUGAAUAUAUUGGGAAAGAAGCCCGAGUUCUUCCAAGGAUCUCCGCGGGUGACAUGCGCUUACGACGGCACGUUUAUGGUGCUUGAGUGUGAGUCCAACGUACUGCCCGCUAAGAAGUCCCGGAGCGAUGAAAGCAUGGAGGUGGUGAAACUGGAGUCAGACUCAGAGGAUUCUAUGAUGGAGACGGUGCGCGAGCUGAUCAAAUCGGUGCUGUUCGCGAUCACGGACAUCGAGACGUUCCAGCCGCGGCCGCGCCGCAUCACCGUCGUCUCCAGGAUAUACAGGCUGCUCGGUGUCAAGAGCACCACGCCCAGUGAACUGUUCUCCAGGAAGAUUGAAAGUGGCAACUAUAAUGACGCGUUAGCACUGGCGGAAACCUUCAACUUGGACAGCGACCUCGUGUACCAACAACAGUGGAGGAAGAACCCCGUCUCCACAGAAGCCAUCGAGAAGUAUUUGAGUAAAGUGUCAAAGAAGAUAUGGGCUGUGCACCAGUGUGUAGACAGGCUUCCGGAGACCCUCCCGGCUGCUAAAGAACUGCUAGAAUUCGGCAUCAAGCUGACUGAUGAAAAAAUUAUAAAUGAGAUAAAUAAAGAACGAGAUGAGAACAAACUGAAGACUCCCGAUGAGAUAACACUUGAGGAUCUGAAUGCGUACACGAGCGAACUGCUUCGGUGCCGGCACGUGAUGCUGUUCUACAACGAGAGGCUACGGCUCUAUGAGGCAAUACUGAAGUGUGAGAAGUCUGUAUAUGUGAAAGAUGAAUACGACCGCCUGCGCAGCAACAGCAUUGUCCAUAGCUCUAUGGAGAUCGCUAAAGAAGGCCGCAUAGAAGCCCUCACUUGUCUAUGGCCGAAUAUCAAGACCGUUGCGAUGCAGUUGGCAGUACUUGAAAAGUUGCCAGAGACAAUUAAUCCAGUGGACUAUCAGCAUCUCUUGCCGACCAAGCAUCCGCUACAGUGGUUCGAAAGGAAGCCGCCUGUGAAAAUUAAACCUUCAAAAUACGAUAACGAUUGGUGCAGGAAAGAAAUUUUCAGAUCGAUAUGGAGUUCGAACUGGUCAGAAGAUACCACACCCGAAACGGAAACGGCCGAAGCGACGAACGAAGACCUGGCAGCGUGGUACGACAGGCGUGCGAGAGAGAUAGAAAGUCGUAGUGGGAUGGUGUCGCACGCGCUGCACCUGGCUACCCUGGCUUCUGUGGGUGGUGGAGUAGAAGGCCUUGAUGACCUCAUGUUCAACCUCCUAACCCUUGACACCCUCAUUUAUGACAUCAAUGUCGAGGACGUGACGUUGUAUCAGCUCGAGAAGAUGUCUAUUUUGGAAACUUGUCGUGUGCUAAUGGAAAUGUCGACGGCUUCGACAUUUGUGUCGGACCUAAAGUCGUUUGUGAUUCCGUUCCUGAAGCGCUACGAGAAACUGUCGAAGAGGGCCGAUGCGUGCAUCAACGGCCUCACCGAGUACCUUGAGAGCAUGAGUAGUGAUGAUCUCUCCUGCAUACUGCUGGUGCUGCAGUCUCCAAAUGAGUUCGAGCUGGACGUGCGCACGCACCUCGAGCUCGCGGAGCGCUGCCUGCUAGCUUACAACGGCACUCAGGACCUCGACAAGGCCUGUGACCUGCUCGAUACCAUACUAAAAGAAAGCGACGGCAGCAUCUCCAACAGUGAGCUGUUGCGGCGUGUGCGCGAACUAGAGAAGCUGGUGGCGGGGUGCUCGGUGCUGGCGGCGCGCGACGUGCUGCAGCCGCCCAGCGAGCUGCGGGACGUCGCGCGGGACGCCGCCAGCGCGCGCCGCGUGCUCGCCAGGAUCGCGCGCGGACUCUGCCGCAGGUCUGAAAAACCUACUCAACAAGAUUGGGCCGAUCUGCUAAAGGAUAUGCUGGAAUUACAAUCAACGCUGUUCACCAACGUUUCCAAAGAAGAAUGUUAUGAGAUAUACGCGUCGUCGCUGCUGACGUCGGGGGACGCGGCAAGCAUCCGGCUGGCCGUGGAGGUGGUGACGAGCGGGCCCGGCGCGGCCGGCCGCGUGUCGCUGGUGACGGCGGCCGCGCGCGAGUACUUCAACUCUGCAGACUCGUUAGCGGACCCCGCGCUCGACCUCGCCAGAUGCUGUUUAACAUUGAUAAAGGAGGACAAUGAGGAAAUUGAACAAGAGCUGGAUCUAAUUUCGGCCUUACAGAUAUUGAACGAGUUCGGCUUGAGUAUUAUCCCCAUACAAGUUCGUCUUUGCGAAGAUCGAUUGACCUUGAUCGAAGAUUGUUUAAAAGUGGACCCAAACGCGUACAUGGCAAGCCAUAAACUAUUGAAGUUGGCGAAGUUGUUAAGAGUCGCAGGCGAUGAUGAGCAGACGAGGGAGAUGGCGGUGCUGCAGCUGGUGGGCGAGUACGCGGUGCGGGCGGGCGGAGGCGGAGCGGCGGCGGACGCGGCGCGGCGGCUCGCGGCGCUGCGGCCCGCCGCCGGGCUCGGCGCGGCCGGCGAGCGCGGCGCGGCGCUGCUGGCGCGCGUGGCGGGCAGCGCGCGCGCGCACGCCGACCGCGCGCAGCGCAGACACCUGCUGGCCGCCGCCGCCGCGCGCGCCGCGCCGCACCAGCUCGAGGACGUGCUGCGCGCCAGGUUGGAACUGGAACUGGAAGGGCUGCAACAAAUGGGUGCAGCUCUGAAAGAACAUAAUCGUCUGAAAGACGACCGCUGGCCGUCUACUGAUGAUGAGUUCUCCGACGCAAUUACAACUCCGGUUAUAGAAAAGAAAGAUUUAGUAGCACCACCUCAAACCGAGAAGAAACCACUUUUAAACUAUCUACUUGAUACAUUCCAGAAUAAAUUUCCUUUUAGCGACAAGUCAGAUGGCGUGGAGGACGCAGAGAGCACGGAGGUUUCUGAAGACACGGACGGCGUUCUGCGCGGCGUGGUGGUGGCCGAGUGGUACAAGUCGCUACAUGUGCGGCGCGCGGCGGGGGGCGCGCGCUACCGGUACGACCGGUUCUCAGCGCCCGAGGCGGACGCGCGCGCGCCCGCCGCGCUGCACUGGUACUACGUGCAGAACUGCCUCGACGGCGGCGGCACGCUGCACCUCGAGACCGAAGUGGUACAGAAGUGUGCCGAAGAGCUGGUGUACAAGGACACGGCCCUAAGCGUGGCGUGCCUGCUGCGGGCGGCCGGCGACCACGCUGCGGGCGCGGGAGGGGGUGAGAGAGCGGGCGCGGGAGGGGGCGAGGGCGUGGGCGGCGGCGAUGGCGGGGGCGCGGGCGUCGCCGGGGGCGUGUCUCGUAUGGUGGCCCGUGGAGCCGCCGCCGCCUCCGCCGUACUGUACGCCGCGCUGCUAAAGUGCAACGCGCCCGAGCUGCGCGACAACGUUUACCUCGUCAAACCCUCAGUGAUGGCGCGUACAACGUUGAAACAUAAGAGCGCAUCGGAGGCACAACUGGCAAUAAUCCGACAGUGUAUAGACAAACUGAGCGGCACUGGGGACGUGGAGAUAGUGCGCCGCCUCGGGUACACAGUUAACGGGCUGCUGUUCAACGCCGACCCGGACUACCGCGCCGAGACCAUAUACCGUCUCGCCAGGUCCGGUGACGAGGAGCACCUGGAGGCGGCGAUGUCUCUGGGCGCGCGGCACGAACUGGAUGCGUUGCAAAUUUGGCUGCAACACGCAGCCGCCUCGCCCGGCCUGCAGCGGCUGCACGCAGCGCACGCGCCGCGCCACCUGCCGCGCGCGCACGCCAGAAUAAAAGAGGCUCUAUGGCCGCUUGUGGCGGGGCACGACCACAGUACGUUGCUGAAUCUGGUGUCGCUGCUCCGAAGCGUAGACGAGCGGCCACUCAUCGCUGGACUCACCGCCGCCGACCAUAUCAAGCUGCUCAAAAAGGCCAAGGCCGCCUCGCCAGAGCUGGACUACAAGUUGCUUUUAGAGCAGCCGUCACCGGAGCAGUUAUCUGAGCACCUGCUGGCCAUCUUGAAACCGGAGAAUAUCGGAAUGGUUUGCAAGUUCGUGCGUUCUCUGCCGCCCGCCAUCAAACUUCCUCUCACGGUCAACGCUAUAUACACUAUGUGGCUCACCAAACACUUCUUUAACGUGCCGCCCGCGAAUGCCACUAACAAGAAAUGGAUGCAGCAGUACCGACAAUGCGCCAGCUAUUUCAACAAACUCUCUCCAGAGGACCUUCUGCAGUUCGUCAAUAAUACGUGCUUCACGCGGGAUGCUGUAGAAAGAGUUCCACACGGCACCAGAAACCUAAUGAUAAUGCAAGCGGUGGACUACUGUCAACAGGAACAAGAGAACGACUUGAAGUUUAACAAAACUGAGCAGUCGUGGUCGCAGACAGGCCAAGAAUUGACCCGGUGGGCACGUUUCUUGGACAACUUCCACUCCACCACCGUGCAGGCCAUCGUCGACGGCAACAGCGGCACGCCCGACGCCGCCGACAUGUGGGCGGAGGUGGAGAUGAGCCACGGAGCGGAGGAAGCUGCGGUGGCUGCGUUGGCGCGACUCGCGACGGGCGGCUCGCUGCGGUCCGCCGCGCUGAGCUCGCUGCUGCACUGCCUGCACGUGCCCGCCGCCGCCGGCCGCGUGCUGCACGCCGCGCUGCUCGCCGCGCACUCCCCCGCUGAAAUGGAAACGGUAAUAAGCCGGAUAUGCCAGUACCACAAGGAGGGCGUGAAGGUGCCGGAGGAGGUGGUGUCUGCGGCGGCGGAGCGUGCCCGGGUGCUGGGCGUGCCGGCCGGGCGGCAGGUGGCGCUGCUGGCGCUGGGAGCGGCCGCGCCGCCCGCGCACGCCGCGCACUACACCGCGCACCUGCUGCGCGCGCAGUGCUCGGACCGACACUACGCCGCUGCACUCACCGAGGAAAAGUUACUGACUGAAGAAGGGCGGCGUGAAACAUUCGAAAAGUUUUUGGAGACCUCAGACACGUGGCAGCAAAAGAAAGCGCUGGUCGAUGUCCUGAACUGCUGGCCUCCAACUAAGAACAGCGAAUCUAGAAGCCUACACUACGUGUUUCUCCGGUCGCUGUUAACAGACACGAGUGACUGCAAGGAGAGUUUAGUUCUCAUAAAAUUAUUGCUCCAACGUCCUGUUCUCACAGAAGAGGAGGUGAAAUGGCUAGCGGAUUCAGCCCCUGCCGAUGCGGUAAUCAACGCAAUUUGGAUUGUACUACUUAGCAAAUGUGAACAGUUGCAAACUCUCGCUUUCAACUUUAUAUUACAGCAUAAGAAUACAAUCAAACAACAAGACAUUGAAGAAGACCUUAUAAAGGAACUACUCGACAGUGGAAUGUUUUUGAAGUUGGUAUCUACUCCGUUAUAUGCACCAUUAAUUAGCUAUAUUGUAACUCAAGAGGCUACACCCGGGGAGCCAGUUUCUAGUACGUACACUGUAGAAUGGGCAACCAACGAGCUUCUAAAGGCUAACUAUUUAGCAGAAGUGGGUCAUUUACGAUUGAUGUCCAUCGGCGUGCCCUCACCGCUUCGUGGUUUCUCUCAAUCUAUUCUAUAUUGCAAAAGUAUGUUCAGUAAGAAUUAAACGGGGAUAUUUAUG